GCUGUGAUUGUUGAUCAGAAUUGGUAAGUAUAAGAAGGAAGGAACAGGAGAAGAAGAAGAAGAAGAAGAGUAGGUGUAGUUGGGCAAAGGCUUAAUGGGUCACCAUUCUUGCUGCAACCAACAGAAGGUGAAGAGAGGGCUUUGGUCUCCCGAGGAAGAUGAGAAGCUCAUCAGAUACAUCACCACCCAUGGCUAUGGCUGUUGGAGCGAAGUCCCUGAGAAAGCUGGGCUUCAAAGGUGUGGUAAGAGCUGCAGGUUGAGGUGGAUUAAUUAUUUGAGGCCUGAUAUUAGGAGAGGCAGAUUUACUCCAGAAGAAGAGAAACUGAUUAUUAGCCUUCAUGGGGUCGUAGGCAACAGAUGGGCUCAUAUAGCAAGUCACCUGCCUGGAAGAACAGACAAUGAGAUCAAGAACUACUGGAACUCAUGGAUCAAAAAGAAGAUUCGAAAACCUUCCCCACCAUCAUCGAUUUCGACAGCAACAAGCACGGUUGCACCUUUUGCUCAAAUGGGUUAUAAUGACUCGACCCAGCAACUAGAUUUUGUAAGUCAAGAUUACAUCGCAUCAAAGCCUCACGCUCAAGAUCAAACCCUAUUCUCUUCAUCAGCAUGCCCUAUGUUCAUGUUUGAUACCACUGCAAUCGAUCAAUUGCCUUCCGAAAACUACAAUGCGCGCGUUGAGCUCUUCCAAGACAUGGUCUCAUCUGCAGUGGGAUUUAGUAACUCCGACGUGCCGUGGAAUCUGAACCAGCAUCAAGUCCAGGCUCUUCCUCCUCCUCCUCCUCCAGCCAUGGACAUAAACUAUUUGCCGCCAUUAAUAGAGAACAUGGACAGCAUGUUGCCUAUCAUUGAUGAUCAUCAUCAUCAAGUACUUCAUCCUAACAAUUGUAGUAACAUGGAUAUGGAGGAGCGAGAUCAUCAUCACCAUCAAGAUCAAAUGGCAGAGUUGAAUGAAUGGGUCGUGUCCCAGCAACAGUACUCGUCAUCAUGCCCUAGCUUUCUUUUCUGGGACGAGAUGAAUGGUGUGGUUGGUGAUCAUCAAGGGCCAGGAGCAAUAAAUAUCAUUGGAGAAGAUCAUCAUAAUAUUAUUGUACCGGCAACUUCAUCAACUACAGAAGCUAAUACAGUUCUGCUGUCUUCUUAUCCUUCAUCUCUUUACUGGAUAUGCGAGAGAAGUGCAUUACUUAUAGAGAUUGACGGCAGAGAAGAGAUGAUACCAGGGUGUGCAAAAUGGAAUCUACCGGAAUUCACGAAAAAACUAGAGAAAAUGAAAGUUGAAGAAAUAGAAAUUGAUAAUGCAGUUGUAGAAAAAAGAAGAAACAUUUAUGCAGCCAAAAAAAACAGUGAUGAUGACUUCGAGGACACUCAGUUGAAGAUUCAACCCAAGAAAAGAAAGAUGGAAGUUCAGAAAGAGAAAGUAGGUGUUGCGAUAGCUACUGAACAAGUUCAAGAGGGUUCUACUGAACAAGUUCAAGAGGAUGCUGCUGAAGAAGUUCAAGAGGAUGUUACCGACCAAUUUAUGGAGAAAGCUACUGAACAAGUUCAAGAGGGUGUUAUUGUACUAUUUCAAAAGGGUGCUACUGAACAAGUUCAAGAGGAAACUAAAUACUUGACAUUAGAAGAUUGGACACCUGCAUCUCCUGCAAGAGGAAUUGAUUACAUAGAACGGCUUUGUGAAGAAAAAGAAGAAGUGACCAAAAAAUACAAGAAGUUGAAGGCAAAGCUGAAGAAGAAGGAAGAACAUAUUAAAAAGUUAAAGAUAAAGUGCAGACAACUUUGGCUACUGCAAAAGGGUUUAGAGGGUGCUGGGAGUGAGAAAGACAUUGAGGGUGAAAAAGGUGGAGCUAGGAGUGAAAAAAUUGUUGCUCUAGAAGCUGAAGAGAGUGUGGCUAAGGUUGCUACUGAGAAGGAAUUUUGUCGUUCCAAAUGUGGUUCUUGCUCAGAAUGUGCAACUGCACAAGAAGCUGAGAAGGGUGAAACUGCAAAAGAUGACAAAGUAGCUGAAACUGCCACAGCAAAGGCCAUAGAAAAGGGCAAAGUUGAAAAUGAAGCUCAACCUGCUACUUCCCCAAGGACGCGUUCAAUAGUCAAGAGGAUCAAAGAAAGAAAGGACCAAAAAGAGAAGAAACUGGAAGAUUACGAGGCAUUAAUGUUGCUGAUAGAUAUGGCAGCAGAAAGCUCAAUCCCCAGAUACUUUUCGCUGUCGAGCAGUGGACAAAAUGACCGCCGCUACCUGGAGUACGUGCACGACGACGAGGCUGGUAGCGGGCUCUUCAUAAAUCAAGGAUACGAGUUUCUGAGUGCCUUAACUAAGCUGGAACUAGUCAACGCCGGCAAUGGACGAGUGCACAUAAGAUGUUGCUACAACAACAAAUACUUGGCCAUCCGGAGUGAAGAUGAUCACCGAGUCUCUGCGGUGGCGGACGAACCGGUGGAGGACCAAUCAUCAUGGUCAUGCACCAUGUUCGAGCUCACUAUGUCAAAUCCUUCCGGAGGUCUCCAACGUGUCCGGUUCACGCACGUCAACAUCGGACGCAGACUGCAUUCUACGAUUCCGGAUCGAGUCCUCGAGCUCGCCCCUCCUGAUUUCACCGGAACCAAUUUCUUUGUGCACGACAUAUCGUCCUUUCUGGCACUCAAACUCCCUCAAUUCGUCGUGUUCAAAGCAGACAACGACAACUAUGUUCGGCUAGUCACCAACGGUAGUGAUCCAUACUUGACGUGCGGAACCGCUGGUGACGCAUUGGACGUGAAUGCCAUGCACGAGAUCUUACCGCCGGCCGAUUUUCAUGGAUCCAUUCGCAUUCGGAGCCUCGCCAACGACAGAUGCUGGAGGUCGCAUCGAGAAGGUCCUUUGGACUCGUUUAUUAUCGCCGACACAGCUUCACACGAGCUCAACUUGUCACCUGAUCAUCGAUGGACCGACGGCCUCUUCAAAGUACAGAGCCUACCAUCUAACGGCGACGAUAAUAAGAUCUCCCUGAGUUCUAUGCCUGCAGCGUCGCCGCCAUGGUACGUCGUGCGAGUCCCGGCCAGUCAACUCCUAGCUUACCAGAGCCGUACACUCGUCCCGGAGGCAGAAUUUGUGGUGGAGGAGGCUGUAAGGUCCAGGAAGAUUUACAAUGUCAGAUACAACACAAGUGCUGCGAGGCUUCUGUUGGGGCACCCAAGUGACAUGUCGACACAAACCAUGUUCAACGAAACCUCUUCAGAACAGAGUUUUAGCCGCACCUUCACAUAUACUGAGACCGUGACUACUAAUUGGAACGCUCAAUUCUCCUUCAGCUAUGGCGUGUCGGCCACUCUCACAGCAAAGGUUCCACUAUUCUCCGAGGGAUCGCUCACGACUUCAUGGGAGUUUACAGCAGCGUAUGAGAUGGGUUCAGAGCGUACUACGGAAGUGAGCAAGGAGGAUACGAUAGAUAUCACUGCGAAGCCAUGGACUAAAGUCUCUGUGACCAGGUGGGAGUCACUAGGCUCGUAUGACAUUCCCUUCUCCUACACUCAGGAGGACAUUCUGUUAACGGGAGUGACAAGACGCUUAGAAAAGCACGAUGGCAUUGCUAUUGGAGUCAAUAACCAUGACAUUUUCUACAGGGUCACAGAAGAACCAAUAGGAUCAUCAAAAAGUGAGCCACGGGAAUAUCCAAUUGUUCCCACGAGUUCUCGAAUAGUGUCAUCUUCGGAUCCUGCAUAUAUGUCGUUGCCUUGCUUUGUUAGUCAGCAAAACAAAACCUUCUUCUGCUCUCGGUCAAGGCCUUCCUCCAUCUCCUCCGUCUCCUUCUUUUUCACACCCAUCUUCUCUGACUACGAACCUCCAUCUUUCUCUCUCGGACUCGAUUUCGGGUUCGAAUCGGAGCUCCAAACAGCUCCUCCGCCCAGCUCCACUCCUCCGCUUCCGGUGGACACUGAUCUCGAUCAAGUCCCCGAGCCGCAGAUCGAGCCGCCGCGGGCGCUCAAGCGGCUGAAGCGAGGCCUGCCGGAGAAGCGGGAGCUCCCGACGACGCCGUUUUGGAGCGUUGAAGACGACAUCGAAGAGUUCUCUUCUCCCGAAGAUACUGUUCAAGGUCAACUUUGGGGAACCCCUGGUUGUGCUUUAGUUGCAGUUGAUUGUUGUUUUCAGAUUGUGAGUGACGUUAUAGUGUUUGCAGUGCUGUUGGAGUGCUGCCCUUGUCUCUUCAGUUUGCAGUGUUGUUGGAGUGUUUUGUUUGACAAUGUUCAUGAGGGCGAGGAUGUAGAUGAUGAUGACCUUGAUGUUGAUGAUCAUGAUAUUACGUUGAGGAUAGGUUAUCCAGAAAAGUUUCUGGAUGUGUAUAUGAGAGCCUUGAUUGAGGAGCUUAAGUACCUAGAUGAAGUUGGACAUCCCACAUAUGACAAGUACAAUCACGAGAUGUUUCAGAUACACGCUAUGCUUGUUAGAACUAUUAGUGAUUUUCCCGCACGCUGGAUGCUGUUGGGUAACGUUGUUAAAGGAUACAGGGCUUGUCCAGAGUGCCUGACAGAUGAGUGUAGGAGACUUCAUUGCAAGAAGAUUGUCUGGAUGCGUCACCGUUGUUGGCUUGGACUUGAUCAUCCAUGGUGGGCAGAUGACAAGGCAUUUGAUGGGACUGUGGAAAUGGAUGUUCAACCGAGGAGAUGGACAAGAGAUGAAAUUUUGGAAGUACUGAAUGAAUAUGAUUUUGGGCAGCUAAGCAAUCAUCCCAAUAUAGUGGCGACAAUAGCUAAUAGACCCGAUAUAGACGCGUGGAAAGUAGUCAACCAUGUGGUUCAAAGAAACAUUUAUAGUGCUGCUACACUUGGAGUGUGCGGAGAUGAUGAAGAAGAUAGUGCUUACCAAGAGCCGAAUGCCAUCGGUAUUCCUGAUUCCUCAACAAUUCGUGUUAAUAAUGUUAGGCCUGGCCGUGUGGUUCGAAUUCGUGACGACGAAAUAAGGCUUAUUGAUGUUGAUCUGAAUGACGACAAUCAGGAUUCCGAAGAUGACGAUCGGCACAUAGGUUUACACAAGAGCGCAGGCGAAAAGAGUUUGCACAUCAAAGCUUGUAUCUUUCGCCGCCGCCUCUCCUCCGCAACCAUGAUCAUUUCAGAGAAGAACCGCCGCGAGAUCUCCAAGUACCUCUUCCAAGAGGGAGUGUGCUAUGCGAAGAAGGACUAUAACCUUCCUAAGCAUCCGGAGAUUGAUGUGCCGAAUCUCCAGGUGAUUAAGCUGAUGCAGAGCUUCAAGUCCAAGGAGUAUGUGAGGGAGACUUUCGCUUGGAUGUACUACUACUGGUACCUCACUAACGAUGGGAUUGAGUUCUUGAGGAACUACCUCAACCUGCCUUCCGAGAUUGUGCCCAACACUCUCAAGAAGCAGCCUAAGCCUGCUGGCCGUCCUUUCGGUGGCCCACAAGGCGACCGUCCUCGUGGCCCACCCCGCUUUGGUGAUGGAGAGCGUAGAUUUGGAGGUGACCGUGAUGGUUACCGUGGAGGUCCUCGUGGUGGACCAGGAGGUGACUUUGGCGGUGACAAGGGAGGAGCCCCUGCUGAUUACAGACCAUCUUUCGGGGGUGCUCCCACAAGACCUGCCUUUGGUCGUGGUGCUGGUGGCUUUGGUGCCGGGCCAGCUAGCUCUAAUCUUUCUUAAGUUAGAAUGGUGCAUCAACUGUUGCCUGGUUUCCUGAGUCUGUAUUUCAAGAACAGAUUUCUUUCUUAGUUGGAAACAAUAGCAGUUUUGUUCAAUUGCUAGUAUUGGGAUUCUAUUAUGAGCUUAUGUUAUUCUACUUUGUCUUCUGAACCCGACUUUGGGGAAACAGUUUUAUUUUGUCUUAUCUAUAAUGUCGUCCAUAAAUUUUACCAUGGUUUUCCUUCUUGAUCAAUACCUUGGCCACUAAUCUGUGUGAUAAUUAGUGUUCAUGGCAGUAUCAUGUUUGGGUGUCAAAUUUUUGAUUUCUCUACUGUCUUCUUGCUUUCACCCUUGUGUGUUGUUAUUUCAAAUAGAGGGGUAUCAAACUUUAUGUA